AUGCUUUACGACCUCAACAUCGCCUGGUCGCCCUCCACGACUGAGGAACAGCUUCUCCAGGCCCUCACUCUAUCUUCAUCUCUCGGGUACUCAACCGUCGCUCUCAAUCACACGCUCACGCUACCGUUUCCUCCCAACCAUACCGCGCCAUUCCCGUCGAUUCCAUCGUCGCCAACCUCAAAGCUUCCAAAUGUCCUCCACCGUGCGACUCUUCCUUUAUCAGACCCUUCGGCCAAUAAUUACAGAAUUCCGUUCCUCACUUCCACAUACGACAUCAUCGCCACCCGUCCGCUCACGGACAAGGCCUUUCAAAACGCCUGCUUAACGCUCGACGUACCCAUAAUAUCCGUGGACUUUACAAAGUACCUGGAAUUCCACUUCAAACCGAAACCAUGCAUGGCGGCUGUCUCGCGGGGUAUUCGCUUUGAGGUCUGUUACAGCCAAGCUCUGGCCGCCGAUGCUCGAGGACGUGCAAACUUCAUCUCAAAUGUCACAGGUCUCAUCCGGGCCACACGUGGUAGAGGCAUACUACUCAGCAGCGAAGCCAAGGAUGCGCUGUCGCUGAGGGCGCCUGCGGAUGUGGUCAAUCUACUGAGCGUAUGGGGCUUGGGCAGUGAAAAGGGCAUGCAAGGUCUUGGUGAGAUACCGCGUUCUGUCGUUGUGAAUGAGGGCAUCAAGAGGAACGGCUUCAGGGGUGUUAUUAACAUCGUCGAAGUCGCCGAACAAGAAAAAGGGUCAAACGAUAAUGCGGAUAGUAAAAACACAGGGAAAGAUUCCGGAAAGAAGAACAAAAGCAAGGGACAGAAUCAGAACCAAAAGCGUAAGAACGGCGAGGAUGACAAUCAGCAAAUCAGCAAACGACAGGCCAAAAAGAUGAAGCUAGCCCGGAGAAAUGCAACAACGGAGCAGAAAUGA